AUGGCAGACGACGACAAAUCGAUACCUCCAUGGAGGGAAGAGAACAUCGACCUCGCUCGAAUCCUCGCAAAUGGUGCCGGCAAGUUUCUGGAAGACUAUGCCAAUAUAUCUGCCGAUGAGCUGGAAAACCACGUCAGGGAUAUAGCAAUUCGGGGCUGGAAAGUCAAGCCCUAUCCAUGUUUCGCGAGGUUCCUCUUCCUGGACUUUGACCUAGCUCAUUCCCCGGCCUACGACACCAUCAUCGCACACACCCAGGCUAAUCAUCUCUUCCUCGACCUCGGCUGCGGCCUCGGGCAGAACAUCCGCCGGCUAAUAUAUGAUGGUGCUCCGGCGGACCGACUGAUCGGGCUGGAUCUCUUUCCGGAAUACAUCUCGUUGGGCUAUCGGCUAUUCAAGGACGAAGCGACGCUGCCGUCUCGGUUUCUGGUCCAGAAUUUCUUUGAGGAUACACCCAGCAUGCAACAAAUCGCGGGGAAGAUCAAGGCAAUCAACUCCGGAUACUUUAUGCACCUGUGGAGCUGGGACAUGCAGUUAAACGUCGCAAAGCGUAUCAUCCAAGUGAUGGCUCCGGAGAAAGGGGCCAUCGCCAGAGGGGUUCAUUUCGGGAGGCAUGCUGCUGGGGUGUGCGGGCAUACGGUCGACGGACUAGAUGCUGAGAGCAUGUUCCUGCACACCCCAGAUUCGCUGACGAGGCUGUGGGAACAGGCAGCGGAAGAGAUGAGUACUAGGUUGAAGGUUGAUUGUGUUUCUGAAGACGCUGGCUAUUGUAAGAGCCUGGAUCACGAUGGUUGUCGGUUGAGGUGGGUUGUUGAGUGGUUGUGAGUUCUUCAUGGGUUGUGCAGGGUGAUCACUGGCUAUGAAUUGCUUCAACAGUAGUCAUAUUUCUGUGUACAUUUUUGAAUGUCUUCUUCUUGAUUCUGGGUAAGAAUCACCUUUCGAGCAAGAGCCAGUACUACUCUGGGGUACUGCGAGUUCUCUUCUACGGGCAUAACUUAAGGCGGUUGGGGUAUGCGCGUCCUGCUUAGGAGCAUGGAUAGUAAAUAGACAUCAUUUCUGAGCGUGCCAAAGUAGCGACCAAUAUCGAGAGGUC